AUGGCCAAGCCGAGAGCGGUGGUGACCGCCGCCGCGCCGUCCACGUCCUACGCGUCGGCGUUCCUGCCGCCGCCCGCGUCGCCGUGCGACGGCGACCUGCUCCGCUCGCUGCACCGCCUGGCGCGCGACCUCUCGGCCGCCGACGCGCCCGCGCCCUUCCUGCGCGCCGCCUUCGCGUCCGUCUCGCGGCGCGCCAGGCUGCUCGCCGCCGCCUUCGACGACCUGCUGCUGUGCGCCGCGGGCGAGGGCGGCCUGCCGCGGUCGGCCUCGCUGUGCCUCCGCGAGGUGCUCCUCGUGCUGCAGCGCUUCAAGGCCGUCGUGGCCGACUGCGCCGCGCGGAGCCGCACGCUGCUGCUGCUGCAGUCCGACGAGACGGACGCCGAGCUGCGCGACCUGCACCACGACCUCGCCACGCUGCUCGACCUGCUGCCCGUCGUCGAGCUCGGCCUCGCCGACGACGUCAUGGACCUCCUCGCCCUCGCCUCGCGCCAGUGCCGCCGCUGCGCGUCGGCCGCCGAGCCGGAGCCGGCGCUCAAGGCCACCGUGCUGUCGCUGAUCGAGGAGAUCGAGCGGGAGAUCGUGCCGGAGCGGGAGAGGCUCGAGGAGAUCCUGGAGGAGGUUGGCAUCAACGACCCGGCCAGCUGCAGCGACGAGAUCGAGAGCCUCGAGCGGGAGAUCGGCGACCGGGCGUCCGAGAGAUGGACUGCCGCCAUGAUCGCCCUCGUCGGCCUGCUCCGGUACGCCAAGUGCGUCCUGUUCAGUGCCACGCCCCGGCCGUCGGAUUCCAAGGCGGACGUCGAUGUCGAAGACGACGGGGAGUCGCCGGCGCCCCCGCCGGACCUCCGGUGCCCCAUCUCCCUCGAUCUAAUGCGCGACCCCGUCGUCGCCGCUAGCGGUCAGACCUACGACCGCGAGUCGAUCGACCGGUGGUUCAGCUCCGGCAAGUCAACGUGUCCCAAGACGGGGCAGGUCUUGGCCAAUCUGGAGCUGGUGCCCAACAAGUCUCUCAAGAACCUCAUCUCCAAGUGGUGCCGGGAGAACGGCGUGGCCAUGGAGGUGUGCGAGGCCAGCAAGAGCGAGCAGGCCCAGGCGGUGGCCGCCAACAAGGCGGCGCUCGAGGUGGCGCGCAUGACGGCGUCGUUUCUGGUGAAGAAGCUCUCCGUCUCAUUCUCCCCCGACGCGGCCAACCGCGUCGUCCACGAGAUCCGGCUGCUCUCCAAGUCCGGCUCAGACAACCGCGCGUUCGUCGGGGAGGCCGGCGCCGUGCCGAUGCUGGUACCCCUGCUCUACUCCGAGGACGCCGGGCUCCAGCUCAACGCCGUGACCGCGCUGCUCAACCUCUCCAUCCUCGAGGCCAACAAGAAGCGCAUCAUGCACGCCGACGGCGCCGUGGAGGCGGUGACCCACAUCAUGAGCUCCGGCACGACGUGGCGCGCCAAGGAGAACGCCGCGGCGGCCGUGCUCAGCUUGGCGUCUGUGCACACGUACCGCCGCAGGCUCGGCCGGAACCCGUCCGUCGUGGAAAAGCUGGUCCAUCUCGUGCGCACCGGGCCCACGAGCACGAAGAAGGACGCGCUGGCGGCGCUGCUGUCGCUGGCGGGCGAGAGGGAGAACGUGGGGAAGCUGGUGGAAGCCGGCGUGGCCGAGGCGGCGCUGUCGGCCAUCAGCGACGAGGAGACGGCCGCGGCGGUGCUGGCGGCAUUGGCCAAGCGAGGGGGCGCGGAGGCGAUCGUGAGCAUCGACGGCGCGCCAGGCGGAAGGCCGCGUCGCUGGGCAGGAUCUGCCGGCGGUGGGCGGCCGCGUCCGCCGCCGACGGGGAGCGGGGCGCCGAGUGCCCCGCCUCCAGCGUGGUGCCGCCGGCCAUGA